AAAUUUUGACUUUAAUAUAUAUAAUUGUUAAAAAUAUAUUGAGAGAUCAUAAUUAAUUAAAAAUAUGAAACCAAUAAUACGAAUUAUUAUAAAAUUAAGUACUGCAACAACUAUAGGUUUUAGUGGUUGGUAUCUGGGAAAGUAUUCGGAACAAAAACGACAUUUGAAUACAGAAAUAAGAGACAGUGGAAAUAUUUUUUCGAAUGUAAACAUCAAAGAAAUGCCUGGUUUGCCUUUAUUUGGAACUGUUUCGGCAGCAGUUCCUACAGAAUUUAAUACAGAAAUGGGUUCAAAAUUAUCAUCAACAGCUACUAGAAUAUCUGAAAUUAUGAAAUACGGUUUUCCUGGAUUAGAUCAUGUUAGGUCUUAUGAAGAUUUUGUCCUUUCUUAUGACAGAAGAAAUAGAGUAGCACAUUGGGUUUUUGAACAUUUAAAUAAAGAAAAAUUACAAGCUAAUCAGGAAAUAUCACGUAGUAAGUGUGAAUUCAAAUCAGAUCCAAGUAUACAUCCUUUUUUUAGAGCAGAAAAUAAUGAUUACAAAGGCAGUGGAUAUGAUCGUGGACAUUUAGCAGCAGCUGGAAAUCAUAAAUGUGCUCAAAAACACAUAAAUGAAACAUUUUUUCUCUCAAAUAUUUCACCACAAGUAGGUGUAGGUUUUAAUAGGGAUUCUUGGAAUAGAUUAGAAAAAUAUGUUAGACAUUUAACUAAAAUUUAUAAGGAUGUAUAUGUAUGCACAGGUCCUUUGUAUUUGCCAAAAAUAGAGGCUAAUGGAAAAAAAUAUGUUCGAUAUGAAGUUAUUGGUACAAAUCAUGUAGCAGUACCUACUCAUUUCUAUAAAAUAGUUGUUGGUGAAACACACGAUUCAAAAUUAGAAAUGGAAGCAUUUGUAAUGCCAAAUACUCCUAUAGAUGAUAAUACACCUUUAACAAAUUUUCAAGUGCCACCAGAAAGUAUAGAACGUGCUGCUGGGCUUUUAUUUUUUGAUAAAAUCUCACGUGAUAAAUUAAAUAAAAUAAAUGGGAAAAAAGUAUGAAAAUUAGAACAUAAAACAAUUAAACAAAAUUAAAGUAAAUAAGAUAUUUAAUUUUAAUAGAAU